AUGGCACAUUCCCCAAAGUCCAUCGUGACGACUGUCUUCGUCGCUCUCGUCCUCGAUCUCCUCGCGUUUACUAUUCCUCUACCUCUUUUCCCUCGAUUGAUCGCUUGGUACCUUCAUUCUGAAGCCCACUCACCAUCUACCUUGCUAUCUCGUCUUCUGGGUCUAUCCCAUUCCUGGCGAUCCAAGCUAUUGUCAUUCUCGACCCCAGCCUUGGAUACCACUCAAACGGGAUCCGAGACGAGAUGGAUGUGGACAGGCGGACGAGUAGGCGAUACGAGCAAGAAUUGGGAUGUGGUUUUGCUCGGAGGCGCCAUGGGCAGCUUGUUCAGCCUCUGUCAAUGUGUGAUCAGCCCGUGGCUCGGUUCGCGUGAGUGGCGAGUACUGCUGUGCACCAUGCUCGGGAACAUUGCGUCUGCCAUGAUUUGGGCCAGAUCGACAUCCUUCUCUACCUUUCUCCUCUCCCGCCUCGUUGGAGGUCUCAGCGAAGGCAACGUACAACUCAGCACCGCGAUUAUCUCAGACGUAACGGACAGCUCGAAUCGAUCGAGAUCUCUCGCCCUCAUCGGCAUCGCGUUCUCCAUUUGCUUCACCUUGGGCCCCUCUCUAGGCGCUUAUUUUGCAUCUCGACCCUUACCCAUCGCCUCAUCCAGCCCGACAUCUUGGAACGUGUUCGCUCUCCCCGCUGCUAUCUCGCUCGUCUUUCUCAUUGUCGAGACGUUGUUCCUCGCUGCACGUCUGCCAGAGACCAAGUCUUGGAAGAAGGAGACAUCGGCCAACGCUGCCAGUGAAAGCGCGCCGAUCCCGGUAGAAGCGGCAGACCAACGACUGAAACGUCUGAAUACCAUUGGCUGGCUCCAUGGCAUCUUCUUGCUCUUCUUCUCCGGCGCCGAAUUCACCCUCACGUUCCUGACAUACGACCUAUUCACUGCGACUAAUGCUCAGAAUGGCCGGCUGCUGUCAUCACGACACGUUAGGCCAUCGCUUGCUCGUCUAGGCGAGAUUCGUAUGGCCUGCUACGGCUGCUUCACCGCCGUUUUCGCCUUCAUCUGUUUGACCCUUCUGCCUGCUUGUCGAGAUUCGUACGCACUAUCCACCGCCUUGUUGUAUGCCGCAGCAACAGGCUUGGCGUAUACGAGCGCAACGGUGGUGACGUCCCUGACAGCGGCCGCUGCGAGUUGUUGCGAUGCCCAAGGCGGGAGAGCGGAAUUGCAGCGCGGCAGAGCAUUAGGUGUCGUCCGUUCAAAAGGCCAAUUGGGUCGAGCGAUUGGACCCAUACUUGCUUCGUCUAUCUACUGGCUGCAGGGUCCGACGAUCUGCUAUGCCGUCCUAGCCGUAUUCAUGGCGCAGCUCUCGUCGCUCAUGGUCUACCUUGCAAAGCAGGAGAAGGAGCGAAGACAUAGGAUCAAGUCGAGAUGA